AUGUCGAUUAAAAAAUCAAAUUUAUCGGUAGGAUUUACUCAAGGAAAUGCCGAAGAAAAGAGAAAAUUUUUUAGUGAAAAUCAUAUACAAAAAGUUAAAUCGGUCGCUGGUCACGUUGGACUUUUGAUUGCAUUGAUGCUGUAUACAGUAAUUGGUGGUUUAGUCUUUCGACAUAUCGAACUUCCGGCAGAACUCGCACGUCUGGAAGCUUUGCGCGCCAAUUUACGCAUUCAAAGAUACUCAUUUGUCGAUUCGAUUUCCAACAAUACUGAUGUGUCAAAUUUACGCACACUGGUUAGUGUAAAAUUACGCGCGUACGAAGAGUCAGUUCAGGAAGCAGCACAAGGUGGCCUAUUGAUCACUUUCGUGGCAGAUUCAAUCGAUCAAGAAAAUCGACGUACUGCAAAUGUAUUGCCGCUUGCAACUGAAAGAUGGAGUGUUCUACAAGCCGUUUUUUUCGCAAGCACUGUUCUUACUACGAUUGGAUAUGGGAAUGUCGUACCAUUAACUAAUGGAGGUAGGAUGUUCUGUAUCUUGUUCGCUUUCGUCGGCAUACCUCUGACGUUGAUAGUAAUAGCCGAUUGGGGGAAACUAUUCGCCAGAGGUGUAGUUAAAACAGCUUUGGCCCUGAAAUCGAAACUUCCGUUUCGCUUUUCCUUUUCCUGCAUUCCGACGAAUUUAGCUGGAAGGCGGUCGCUCGGAGCAUUUACAGCGGUUGUUUCACUUUUUCUGUAUCUCGCUUGUGGUGCAGGUAUGUUUAUGUUAUGGGAAGAUGACUGGGACUUUUUCGAUGGAUUUUAUUUUUGUUUUGUGACAAUGACCACGAUAGGAUUCGGUGACUUAGUGCCGAAGAAACCGAAGUACACGUUACUAUGUACGCUUUAUAUUCUGGUUGGUUUGGCGUUGACGAGUACCAUUAUUGAACUUGUACGACGGCAAUAUGCUCAAUCGUGGAGAAGAUUGCAGAGGCUUAGUGGACCAUUGGCGGAAACUAUUCGCAGAUUAGGUGAACAAGCUGGCGGUGAUAUGUCCGCCCUACAUUCAGAUCUCAGGAGAGUUUUGACAGUAAUAUCAAUGCCACGUUUAAAAUGGUCAGCUUCUUUGAAUCGAGGAGACACAAAAGAUCAAGAAUGGGAAGAAGCUGUGGAGGCUGUGCUUCGUGACAUUGCUGCAAAUACUAAUAAUACCCAAUUAAAGAAGAAACAGAUAGUACAAAUUGUGAUUUACGAGUCGAGCGUCUGACUGAAAUCAGGAUUCCUGAUUAUUUAUUGCUUCCACGAUAAGUUUUUGUUAUUUUAUUCAAAUGCCAUGUUAAGAUAUUGUCAAAGGAAUGAUUUAUAUUUUUAUACUAUUCAUCGUAUACGUUGGUUUUACUUGAACUUGAAAAUUUUACCCGCGUGAACUGCGCACAUCAGUAGAUAAAACCGCGAACGCGCAGAAACCACAACCCUGAGUUCGAUCAGUAGUCCUAAUGUUGGACUGACCAGGCUGACAAAAACAAUAAUUUGUACGAGUACGAGCAAUCACUAAUUUUA